GCCACACGGUUUGGAGGAAACCCAGCAAACUCUGAAGAGCAGCAUGAUCUCUCCUGUCAACAGGUAAGACGAGAAACCUGACGCGCAAUCUGCUGCUCUGAGGGAAGUAAAGCAUGUCUGAGGAGAACUGAGGAACCUGCGCGUGGAUUAUCUGGACUCUGAAGUUCUUCAACCUUUGAUUACCAUGAGGACUAGACUAGACUAGACUGAAGUGAACCAGCAGAUCAUGUGCUGCGAAAGAUUCCAAAGCAAGAAGAGCUGUGGCCGCAGAUUUCUCACUGCAGCAUCUGUUGUGAUAUGAUGAUGGCCUCGGAGCUGGUGUGUGGACUCCUCUUCAGACUGCUGCUGCCACUGGGCCUCGCCGCAGCAUGUUUGUUCCGGUACAACUGGCUGUCCUUCGUCUACCUCAUCUUCCUCUUACUCAUCCCACUCUUCGCCGAGCCGACAAAGACAACGAUGCAGGGUCACACGGGGCGCUUGCUGAAAUCCCUGUGCUUCACCAGUAUGACGUUCCUGCUGCUGCACAUCAUCUACCAAAUCACAAUCAACAGUCUGUUAGCAGGAGACAGCAUCGAGCCCAACUUCAACUGUUCAUCAUGGGAGAGAUCAAUACGGCAGCUGGGCUUUGAAAGUGUCCGAGGUGCAGACGCCGGGAACGGCAUCCGAGUGUUCAUCCCAGACAUUGGCAUGUUCGUGCUGGGUCUGGUCACGUGGCUCCUGUGCCGCAGUCUGGAGAAUGUGUCUCAGCACAACAGCGACUUUGAGCUGGACGAUCAGGAAAAGGAGGAUGAGGAAGAAGACAAGAAAAGUGAGAAACUGGAGCUUGAGGAUGAGCUGCUGUUCGAGGACUUCGAGCUGGGAGAUGAAGACCGUGAACUUCCUGAGGAAGAGGAAGUGGAUGUAGAGGAUGGAGAACUUGAGGAGACCGACGUCGAAGAAAGCACCAAAAUGAAGAUCCUGCGGCAAAUAGCAGACGUGGCGUCCAAACUCAAAGAAAUCGUUGGCAAUCUGAUUACCACUGCAGGAAAAGUAGUCGUAACCAUAUUAUUGGGCCUCACAGGUAUGAUGUUGCCUUCUCUGACCUCCACUGUGUAUUUCUUCACCUUCCUGGGCCUGUGCACCUGGUGGUCUUUCUGCCGCACGUUCGACCCGCUGCUCUUCAGCUGUCUGUGUGUCCUGAUGGCCAUCUUCAGCGCCGGACACCUCAUCAUGCUCUACCUCUACCAGUUCCAGUUCUUCCAGGAGGCCGUUCCGCCCGGAAACACUUACGCCAGUCUGUUUGGCAUCUCUCCUGUGGUUCAGACGGACUGCUCUCACACCUGGAUGUUCAGAGUCAACCCUGAUCUGGAGUGGCACCACUUUGUCAAUCCCAUCAUGCUCUUGGUGCUGUAUUACACCCUGGCCACGCUCAUCCGCCUGUGGCUGCAGGAGUCAGAAGACAUGGUCAGAGAGAAAGAGGGAGAGACUGAGGAACGAGAGGAACCAGAAUCUCCUGAAAGCAAUAUGGCUGAUUACACUGCAGAGAAGAAGAGGCAGCUGUGGAGAAUGGCUCAUUAUCGCACUGAUGAGAGACAUCUGCUCACCACACAAGAGGGCUACAGCACACCUGAGGUAUUGAUGGUAACCUCAAACGGAGCCUCGCUGGACUUCACGUCAGUCCUGCAUGAGAACGGGCCGAAGCCUGUGGAGCUCUACUCAAGCCCUCAUUACAGACCCGGCCGACCCCAGUCUGAUCCGCAGAAAGUGGACUGCGGUGUUUACAAGAUUGACUCGGUGUAUGUUGAGCUUCCCGAGGUUCCCCAGCCGUUCGGUGUCGUUCGUGUGAACGCGGCGGUCAAGGCCUUCAGGUUCAUCAUGAAGCAGAGCUACAUCUGCGCUCUCAUUGCCAUGAUGGCUUGGAGCAUCACGUACGUGAGCUGGCUGACCUUCGUCUUCCUCAUCUGGUCCUGUAUUCUGUGGAUGGUGAGGGACCGGAGGAAAUACUCCAUGAUCACCUCUCCAUUCAUGGUGUUUUAUGGGAACUUGCUCAUCAUCCUGCAGUACAUCUGGAGCUUCGAGUCGCUGCAGCCCGUUCCUGGGCUCUUCCUGAAGAAAGAAGUGCCUUUCCGGGAGCUGGGAUCGAAAACGUUGUGCCUCCUCAGUUUCUGGCUGCUGCUGAGGCAGUUUUUGACGGAGAGGAGAGAGAAACAGACUGUUGAAACGCAGCUGUCCGAUGUCAGACUGCACUAUGAGAGGUGGCGCUGGAUGCUGAAGUAUUUCUGGAUGUCAGUGGUGGUUUACACCAUGCUGGUGCUCAUUCUGGUCUACACGUUCCAGUUUGAGUCCUCCAUAAACGUGUGGUCCAACAUGACAGGCAUGAGCAGAGAGAAGCUGGAAGAUCUGGGUCUGGAGAAGUUCUCGCUUCCUGCUCUGUUCACGCGGAUCUUCAUUCCCACCUCGUUCCUGCUGGUCUGCAUCCUGCAUCUGCACUAUUUCCACGAGCGCUUCCUCGAGCUCACCGACAUCAAAUCUGUGGCUGACAAACAGAAGAGCACAAUCACCAGAUGUGACUCACUGAAGAAUAAGUGGCAUCUGGUGGUGGAGCGUCUGGCGGUGCUGUUCCUGAAGUUCCUGGAGUACGUGCAGAAGCUGCAGCUCUUCAUCUGGUGGCUGCUGGAGCUUCACAUCAUCAAGAUCGUCUCGUCCUACAUCAUCUGGCUCUCAGUCAGAGAGGUGUCUCUGUUUAACUACGUGUUCCUGGUGAGCUGGGCCUUCGCUCUGCCCUUCAGUCAGUUCAGACCGCUGGCGUCUAGCGUCUGCACCGUCUGGACCUGCGUCAUCGUGGUCUGUAAGAUGCUGUACCAGCUGACCUCCAUCAACCCGUCCUCGUACUCCAGGAGCUGCAGUAUGCCGGAGAACUACACAGACGCUCAGCGCUCAGACAUGGCCAGAUCUCUGCUCUACAGCGGCCCGGUGGAUCCGGCUAACUGGAUCGGCUUCAGGAAGUUCUCUCCGCUGCUGGAGAAUCUGAGGAAUAACUUACUGAUGCUGGCUCUCUUGGCGUUUGAAGUGACCAUUUACCGUCACCAGGAUUUCUACAGGAUGAAGAACAACCUCCCCCCUCCGGUCACGAGAACCGUCUUUCACAACAUCACACGCCAGCAUCUGGACGACGGCAUCGUCAACUGCGCCAAAUAUUUCAUCGACUACUUCUUCUACAAAUUUGGUCUUGAGACCUGUUUUCUGUUAGCGGUGAAUGUGAUCGGCCAGCGGAUGGAUUUCUAUGCCAUGCUGCACGCGUUCGGUCUGAUUGCGGUGAUGUAUCAGCGCAGGAGAAAAGCCAUCGCCCGCGUCUGGUCCAAGUAUUGCUUCUUUCUGGCUUGCAUGUUAGCCUUUCAGUACCUGAUGUGCAUCGGCAUCCCUCCUGCGACCUGCACAGACUAUCCGUGGAGAAGGCCGUCUUCCAGCAUGGACUCAAACGUCAUCAAGUGGCUCUACUUCCCAGACUUCCACACCAAACCCAGCUCGCUCUUCCUCCUCUAUGACUUCAUGCUGCUGCUGUGCGCGUCGCUGCAGGGCCGUGUGUUUGAGGAGGAGAGCGUGACGGCCGUGCAGCUGCUGGCGGGUGAUAAUGUGGAGAUCUGUCGAGGUCUGGACGCCGCCAGCUUCAGCCAGCACAACCCUGUGCCCGACUUCAUCCACUGCAGGUCGUAUUUGGACAUGCUGAAGGUGAUGAUGUUCAGCUAUCUGUUCUGGUUCGUCCUGACCAUCAUCUUCAUCACGGGCACCACGCGCAUCAGCAUCUUCUGCAUGGGGUACCUGCUCGCCUGCUUCUACUUCUUGAUCUUUGGGGGCGAGCUGUUACUGAAGCCAAUCAAAAGCAUCCUGCAUUACUGGGACUUCCUCAUAGCAUACAACGUCUUCGUAAUCACCAUGAAAAACAUUCUCUCGAUCGCGGCGUGUGGAUAUAUAAAAGCGCUGGUGGUCAAUCACUGCUGGCUGAUCCAGUUAUUCAGUCUGGCCUGCACUAUAAAAGGAUAUUCAAAGCGAGCGGAGUUGUUUCAGGCGACCAUUGUGAAGGCGGUUAAAGCCAGAAUAGAAGAAGAGAAGAAGUCCAUGGAUCUGCUGAAGAGACAGAUGGACCGCAUCAAAAGCCGACAGCAGAAGUUUAAGAGAGGUAAAGAGAGGAUGCUGUCUCUGGCUCAGGAAAGUGGGGAAAGCCACUCAGGUGUCAAGGAGGAAGAGGAGGAUGAUGAAGGAGACGACAGCAAAGAGAAGAAGAAAGACAAAAGGAAGCAAUGGUGGAAGCCUUGGGUUGAUCAUGCGUCCAUGGUCCGAAGUGGCAAUUAUUACUUAUUUGAGACAGAUAGUGAGGAAGAGGAGGAAGACGAGGACAAAAAGGACGAGGAACCUCCCAAAAGAUCAGCGUUCCAGUUUGUGUAUCGUGCCUGGAUAACUGACUCAAAAACCGCCAUGAAGGAGAGAAGUAAGGAAAGACGGCGAUUCUGGCAAAGGUACACGGAGCGCAGCACGAACAAGAAGAACCAGAAGCAAGUGCAUGUGGCCAUUGAGGAAGGAGAUCAGGAGGAAGGUGUUACAGAGCAGGAGGUAUCUGAUGGUCCAGAUAACACCCUGAAGCGAGUGUUUAACAUCGUGAAGUUCUCCUGGGUGCUUUUCCUGGCCCUGCUGGACGGUUUCACUGCCUGGCUCAACUCCAUCUGCCAGGAGCACAUCGAUAUCUCCACCGUCCUGCGCAUUGAGCGCUGCAUGCUCACUCAUGAGGUCAAGAAGGGGAAUAAUCCAUCACGGGACAGCAUCCACACGUACUACCAGAGGCAGAUGUGCAGGCCAGCGUCCGCUGAGGACGAGUACUCGGACUUCAGCCCUCUGCGGAGCCAGGCUUACGAGUCCGAUCUCUCUAGAGAAAACCUGUCCAGUGUGUACACAGAAUCCACUGUGCUGUAUGAGUCCACUCUGGACCAGCCUGAGGAGACCAGCGACAGCGUUCUCAAAAGCAGCCAGCGCUCUCGACCCAGACUCUGCCGCCUGCCUAGUGUAGACCUGCAGUCGUCGAGUGAGCUGUCCUCGCAGCAGGGCACCAGCGACACCGUCGAGGAGGCAGACCUUCCAGAGCAUCCAGACAAACUCUGGAGCAGCACCUCAGACCUGCCGCCUCCCUCGUACAGCAAAGCCACGGGCCUGGACUCAGCGGGACGCACCGAGGGCAGCAGGCUGAGGAUCCAAACACCUGAUGAUGAGAAGAGCGCCGACACUCAGCUGACAGCCAGCGAGCUGCUGCAGAGCAGGAUGUUCUACGACGAGGAGCUGGAGGCGUCGGAGCAUUUCUACCGCUCUCAGCCGCAGCUCCUCCAGCUCUGCUACGCUCUCUACAGCAUGCUGGUGGCUCACUCUCAGAUGGUGUGUUAUCUGGUCAUCAUCCUCAACCACGUGAUCUCCGCAUCGGUGGCCACGCUGGUGCUGCCCAUCCUCAUCUUCCUCUGGGCCAUGCUGUCGGUUCCCCGGCCCAGCAAACGCUUCUGGAUGACGGCCAUCGUCUACACGGAGGUCACCAUAGUGAUCAAGUACUUCUUCCAGUUCGGCUUCUUUCCGUUUAACCAGAGCAUAAAGCUGGACAAAUCCAAGCCCUUCCACCCUCCCAACAUCAUCGGUGUGGAGAAGAAAGAGGGCUACGUCCACUACGACCUGAUCCAGCUCCUGGCGCUCUUCUUCCACCGCUCCAUCCUGAAGUGCUACGGUCUGUGGGAUGAAGAUGAGCCUAGGUCAGGAGGUCAGAUCUCUCAGCACACUGAUUCAGAGAAGAGCCCCGCUGACGCCUCACCCAGAAAACCCCUCCACAGCAGCUCCGCGGUCCGCCGGCAGAGCUCCAGCGUCUCGCAGCGCUCGCACCCAUCUAAAGCAGGCAGCAGCGGCACGAGGACGAGUUCACUGAGCGCUCAACAGAAGAGCCGCAAGCAGCUCAUUAUAGAGAAGCUCAGAGAACAGCUGAUCAAAGCAAAGCGAUUCACUGUCAGAACGAUUCUGGAUAUCUACAUUCCCAUUCGGCAGUUCUUCUAUAACCUGAUCCACCCGGAGUACAGCGCCGUGACCGACGUCUACGUGCUCAUGUUUCUGGCCGACACGGUCGACUUCAUCAUCAUCGUUUUCGGAUUUUGGGCUUUCGGGAAACACUCUGCUGCGGCUGACAUCACUUCCUCUCUGUCAGAGGAUCAGGUUCCCGAGGCCUUCCUGGUGAUGGUGCUCAUCCAGUUUGGGACGAUGGUGGUGGACCGUGCGCUGUACCUGAGGAAGACCGUGAUGGGGAAGGUCAUCUUCCAGGUCAUCCUGGUCUUCGGCAUUCACUUCUGGAUGUUCUUCAUUCUCCCAGGAGUCACCGAGAGGCGUUUCAGUCAGAACACAGUUGCCCAGCUCUGGUACUUUGUGAAGUGCAUCUACUUCGGUCUGUCAGCCUAUCAGAUCCGCUGCGGUUACCCCACUCGCGUGCUGGGAAACUUCCUGACCAAGAGCUAUAAUUACCUCAAUCUCUUCCUCUUCCAAGGGUUCCGGUUGGUGCCGUUCCUGACGGAGCUGCGGGCGGUGAUGGACUGGGUUUGGACCGACACCACGCUCAGUCUGUCCAGCUGGAUCUGUGUGGAGGACAUCUACGCUCACAUCUUUGUGCUCAAGUGCUGGAGGGAGUCGGAGAAAAGGUAUCCUCAGCCUCGAGGACAGAAGAAGAAGAAGGUGGUGAAGUACGGGAUGGGGGGGAUGAUCGUGAUGCUGCUCAUCUGUAUCGUCUGGUUUCCUCUGCUUUUCAUGUCUCUGGUCAAAUCUGUGGCUGGAGUGGUCAACAAACCGCUGGACGUGUCUGUCACCAUCACACUGGGCGGCUUUCAGCCCAUCUUCACUAUGAGUGCGCAGCAGAAUCAGCUGAAGGACAUCACUGACAGAGAUUUCAUCAGCUUCAUGAAUUCAUACAGACACAAUUCUAGUGCACUGCAGUUCUUGGAGGCGUAUACGGCGGAGGACGUGACUGUGGCAGAGCUGGAAGGAAGCUCGAACUCUCUCUGGACCAUCAGUCCUCCCAGCAGAAAGAACCUGAUGGAGGUCUUGAGCAAAGAGGACCAGUUCCCUGUCACCAUGUCCUGGAGCAUCCAGAGGAAUCUGAGUUUGGGAGCAAAGGCUGAAUUUGCAGUGGACAAACACAUCACAUAUCUGGACAUGAACACUAGACAGGAGCUGAUAGCGUUACUCAAUGGAACCAGAAAUAAACCUGUGGUCAUAGAGCAAGUGUUUCCCUGCUUUAUUCGAGCACCGAGUGACUCAAAUGCCAAACCAGUCGGUCAGCUUUAUACAGAUGAGGGUUAUAAGAGCAUCCAGCUGGACUUGGAGAGGUCUCACAACGGCACGGAGGACAUUCAGGAGUGGUGGAUUGUGGACCAGCCGUCGGCAGGGAAGAUCCAGAUGAGAUCCGAGUCAAAGCUGGAGAAGAAGAGAGAGGCAGGACUGCAGCUGUACGUCUUCAGUGAUAAAGUCAGUCCUCCCAGCCUGGGCUUCCUGGCAGGUUAUGGUAUCAUGGGCCUCUACGCAUCCGUGGUGCUGGUGAUCGGGAAAUUCGUCCGCGAGUUCUUCAGCGGCAUCUCGCACUCCAUCAUGUUCGAAGAGCUUCCGUGCGUCGACCGCAUCCUCAAACUCUGCACCGACAUCUUCCUCGUGCGGGAAACCGGCGAGCUGGAGCUGGAGGAGGACCUGUACGCCAAACUCAUCUUCCUUUACCGCUCGCCAGAGACCAUGAUCAAGUGGACGAGGGAGAAGACCAAAUGAGCCUGCUGGGAUUGCCUAAAAACCCAAAGAUCCCAAAGAAGGAUGCUGCUUCUCGCAGGAAGGCGGCGUUAAGACUGUGAGACAAACUCGUCGGGACAGGUUCGACUGCCAAUACAACGAGACCUACAGCUGUACCAAAGAGCCCUGAUUCAGAAGCUGCCACGACCAAUGGGAUCUUUAAUGAGCUCUAGCGCCACCUGUCUGUCGGGAGAUUGGUUAGUCACGCAUUGUGCAAUAUGCUGUCCUGGUAGCUGGCCGUAAACUUGAACAAAGAAAGGAGACGGUGACUGAACACUAGCCACUUUUUUCUUCAAAGAAAACUGGACCCAGAAGUGCUUGGGUUUCUAAGACUAUGUAACACUGAAAUCAUGAUCUAUCCUAGCUUGAACGAAGGACUGAAAGGUUCUCAGGAAGAGUAUCCGCUCUUCAGGAUGUCACGUUGCUGACACCUCGGUGUGAUUGUGGAUCAAUAUCAUGAGCAUAAAGCACAUGCUGGAAACCAACUAUUGUCUUAUUUGUCCGUCUACCUGUUGCACUUUUAGUUUUCGUUACGUGCAUUUCAAUGACCAUUUUGUAUGCAUUCAAAAGUCUACAGAAAGUCAGAUCUAAAAUAUGCAAAAAUCACAGAUUCUCUUUAUUCAGUGGUGUUGUGAAACCAUGCAAAUCCAGAAUUAACAGAAAUUGUUCCCUGCGAUUUCAAAGCACACCUUUCUCCAUUAAAACAAAAAA